CCUAUAUUAUUUUAUCAAAUGGGUGAUAAAAAUAGGCCAACAAAGUGAAUAAAGUUUGAUUAUGUGAAUAAUGAGUGUAAAAUUUAUUUGUUGAGGGAUGAAGUAAAUAUUUUACCGUCAUCAGAGUCAAAUGUUGUGAAUUUUGACCAAAGGACAUGAGAGAAGAGCACUAUAAAUAAGCUUUAGAUGGUUCACUUGCUCUCAUCGAAACAAAUUCCAAUGAAACCAUCAGAAUUAACGCUACCUUUCUUCACGAUGAUUUUGCUAUUGUUACUGCAGGCGUCUCCCGGUGUCCCCUCCUCCGCUGCCACGGCGGCGGGCAAGUGGGACAUGCUGCGGUCCAGCAUCGGCAUCUCCGCCAUGCACAUGCAGCUCCUUCACAACGACCGGGUUGUCAUAUUCGACCGGACCGAAUUCGGCCGCUCAAACAUCUCCUUGCCGGACGCCAAAUGCGCCCAAAUGGAAGCUGCCGCCGGAAACGGCGAAAGGAUCGACUGCACGGCUCACUCCGUCGAGUACGACGUUGCCGCCAACUCCGUGCGUCCCCUCAUGGUCCUCACCGACUUCUGGUGCUCCUCCGGCUCUGUUUCUCCCGACGGCGUUCUCGUCCAGACCGGCGGGAACAAAUCCGGCGAACUCGCCGUCAGAAUUUUUGCUCCUUGCGACGACAAUAAAUGCGACUGGCGAGAAAUCCGAAACGGAUUACUCCGCCCGCGGUGGUACGCGACUAACCACAUAUUACCAGACGGCGGUCAAAUCAUAGUCGGCGGCCGGAAUGAGUUUAAUUACGAGUUUUAUCCUCCCCGGAGCCGCCAGCCGUACAGUCUGCCGUUUCUAAAGGAAACUCAUGAUGCAAAGAAUCGUGAGAACAAUCUUUAUCCGUUUGUUCUGCUAAACGUCGACGGGAAUUUGUUCAUUUUCGCAAAUAACAGAUCAAUCUUGUUAAAUUACCGAAACAACACCGUGGUCCGAACGUACCCGGAAAUUCCAACCGGGGACCCGAGGUGUUACCCGAGCACAGGCUCCGCGGUUCUUCUCCCGUUAAAGAAUUUACCAGAUCCGGCGACGGUCUCGGCGGAGGUAUUGGUCUGCGGCGGCGCGAAAGCGGCGGCUUAUUCGAACUCGAAACACGGAAGGUUUCUCACGGCGCUGAACACUUGUGGUCGGAUCACCAUAUCCGACCCGAAUCCAGUCUGGGUCAUGGAAACCAUGCCCGUGCCCCGUUUGAUGGGGGACAUGGUCAUGCUGCCCAAUGGAAAAGUUCUGAUCAUAAACGGAGCGUCGUCCGGGUCCGCCGGUUGGGAGCAGGGGAGAGACCCGGUUUUCACCCCGGUUCUUUACCGACCCGAAAACGAAAUCGGGUCCCGAUUCGUUUUACAAACUCCGAGCAAAAGACCCAGAAUGUACCAUUCCACGGCGAUCCUGCUCCGGGACGGAAGAGUUCUCGUCGGCGGAAACAACCCGCACGAUAAGUACAAUUUCACGACAAAUCUUUUCCCGACGGAUUUAAGCCUAGAGGCGUUUUCGCCGGCGUAUUUGGAUCCGGGUUUCGCCGACCUGCGCCCGCGGAUCAUUUCGCCCGCUCCGUUUUCAAAAUUUGGUUAUGGAAAACCGGUCACGGUUCAGUUCACGCUGACCGGGCCGAUAGAGAUAGAUUCGGUCGGGGUCACCAUGGUCGCACCAUCAUUCGCGACCCAUUCGUUUUCGAUGAACCAAAGGCUGCUGGUUCUUGGCAGUGGGUAUCGGGUUGAAUCCGUGGACGCGCCCGGAGGAAAUUGGUACAAAAUGGAAGUGAUUAUGCCGGGUUCGGGUAAUCUUGCCCCGCCCGGAUAUUAUCUUCUUUUCGUUGUUCACAAGGACAUACCGUGUGAGGGCAUUUGGGUUCAGAUCCGAGAACAGAGUUAUUAGGGUAUUCGGGCUGGCGGGUUAUCCGGAUUAGUAAUCUUAUAAAUAUUUUGUUGUAAAAUUUAUUGAAAUUCUUGUGCAAGUUUUGUUCGAGUCUUAUUAAUUAAUGCAAGCUAGUCUCUUAAAUUCGUGUGUAUUUAGUCUUGAUAAAUAAAUAUCUAUCCAAUUA